AUGGAGCCAAUGAUGUGUCCACUUUCCGAUCCCCACAGUCGUGAUCUAGAGGGGGGCUUCCCGCUAGACGGAAAGGACCUUGACUCCGUCACAGAUGAGACUCUAGUAGCUCUUCUUGAGUCUGCUCCGGUGCUGCACCACCUUGGCGCCACAAAAGUUGUGCGCCUCUCACGGCACUUGGUGAUGAAAGGUGGCGGCAGUGUCCUACCAUGCGAAGCAAAGACGCUCAAUCUCGUCGCCUCCAAAACCGGCAUUCGAGCUCCACGAGUUCAUCGUUCAUUCCAAGUCGAAGAUGAGACGCAGUAUUUUGGAACGAAGGGAUAUAUCGUGAUGGAUUUUAUCUCAGGCCAACCCCUCGAUGAGUGUUGGACCGACCUACCUUACGACAACCAAAGGCAAAUUGCUAUGCAGAUUGCGGAUAUGAUCAAAGAAAUGCAGUCUGUUGUAAUCUCGCAGCCAGGUCCUCUUGGUGGCGGGUCAUUUCGUGGCCGGUUCUUUACUGAUUAUAGCGCCGGUCCGUUCAAGGACAGUGCUGAAGUUCAAGGCUGGUUUAACCACAAGCUUGAUAUCUGUAAGCACGUGAACCAAUGUCCUAAAGAUAUCCCGCCAUUUCGAUUCACCACCUUUGUCCUUACUCAUCAAGACAUAAGUCCUCGAAACUUGAUCCUAGACCGCAAUGGAGAAGUGUGGCUGAUUGACUGGGCGCAUGCCGGUGCAUAUCCUCCUGCCUUUGAAAGUGCUGCGUUAUUAGCCCAGCAGUUCUUUACUGGCUUCAAUGAAGCAGUUUUGUCUGUUAUUCCACGGUUCCCUGAGGAAGAACGGCAACUUGAUUCUAUUGCAUAUGGGUUGAUCACUGCGGCAUUGGCCUAA